AUGUCACUCUCUUUUCUCUCUCUCACCAUGUCACUCUUUUUUCUCUCUCUCUCCAUCUCCCUUUUCUGUCUUUGUCAUUCCAUCCAUUUCAUUUUUCCUCUCUCUCUCCCUCAUUUUCAUUUUAAUCUCUCCCUCUGUCAUCAUUAUUCUCUCUCUCCCUCAGUCUCUUUUUUUCUCUCUCCCAAUCACUGUCUCCUUUUCUUCUCUCUCUCUCACCCGCCAUCUCUUUUUUUCUCAUGCCCACCAUCUCUUUUUUUCUCUCUCUCACACCGUCUCUUUUUUUUCUCUCUCUCUGUCUUUUUAACUUUCUUUUUCUCUCUCUCUGUUUCACCACUCUCUUUCUCUCGUUUGCUUUCUCUCUCACUCUCUCAUUUCCUUUCUCUCUCGCUCUCUCUAACUCUUGCUGUUUUCUUUCUCUGUCUUAUUUCCUCUCUUUUUCUCUCAUUCUGUCUCUUUUUCUUUCUCUUUCUUUUUCCCUUUUUUCUCUCUUUCUUUCUCAUUUUCUCUCUUUUUCUCACUUUUCCUCUUUCUUUCUGUCACUUUUUUUCUCUCUCUCUAUCCAUCUCUUUUCUCACUCAUUUCAUUCUUCACACACACAUGAUUAUAUAUUUUAGUUUCUUUUUUCUUCAUUCUUGUAUGUUAAUCAUUACAGAGACUUUCUAA